GAAUUAGAUAACCUUUGACCCGCUGUUAGAGACUUUGAUUUUAACAGCAUUAGAUUUUCGAGCGUGUUAUUUUACACAUUACGUCACUAGUGAAGACAUUUGUGCGCAAUACGGAUCGAUGAAGAUGAACAGGGGAAUUUCUCUUCUUGUGCUGUGUAUCGUGGUGACGUCACAGAUAGUCGAUGGUGGCGUUAUUCGUAAUAUCCCCAGCAGAGAUCGUCGAGAUGUGUCUGAAGAUGAUAUAUUAUGGGACGAGUUGGAAGCAUGGAUUGAUGGCAUCGCUGAUAAGCAAGUAGAAGCAGGCACACAGACUGAUGGGAGUUACGGAAAUGAUUGGUUGGAUGAGCUUUGGAAAAUGGAUGACAUCUCGGUGGAAUCUGACAAACCAGCAGUGACUGCAUCACCGGUCAGUAGUGAAAACAGUGACAAAACUAGUGAAGGUGAAGAAAGUGAAGAAAAGAGUUUGGCGAGUUGGUGGGAUAGCUGGCUCAAUCCAACACCAGCAAUCGACACACAAGGCGAUCCGUAUGCAGGUAAUUGGUGGGAAACCGGUAGUCAAGGCAACCCAGAAAAUGGUAAUCAGGAAAACCCAUGGUAUGGUAGUCAAGGCAACCCAGCAACUGCUAAUCAGGGCAACCCAAGCUAUGGUAGUCAAGGUAAUCCAGAAUCUGCUAAUCAGGGCAACCCAGGGUCUGGUAGUCAAGGCAACACAGGAACUGCUAAUCAGGGCAACCCAAGCUAUGGUAGUCAAGGCAACCCGGGAACUGCUAAUCAGGGCAACCCAGGGUCUAGUAGUCAGAGCACCACAGGGUAUGGAAGUCAAAAUAAUCAAGAACCUGGUAGUCAAGGCAAUCCUUGGUCUGGUAGUAAUGGAAAUCAAGGAUCUGCUAAUCAAGGCAACCCAGUGUCAGGUAAUCAACAUCAAGAAGAUCCUUGGAAUCAUUGGAGUAACACUGGGAGUCAGUGGCCUAGUAAGGGAAACACGGGAAGUGAAUAUAACCCACAAGGUAGUCAAUGGAGAAAUACACAGAGUCCUGGUUUGAACAGAGGCAGUCAGUGGGGUACUGGAAGCUCUCAAUGGGGAAAAGGAGCAAACCAGGGAAACGCUUGGUCAGGGAGCCAAGAUGGAAGAGGGACAAACCAAGGUAACCCUUGGACGGGAAGCCAAGGUGGAAGAGGCACAAACCAGGGAAACCCUUGGACGGGGAGCCAAGGUGGAAGAGACACAAACCAGGGAAACCCUUGGUCAAGUGGAACAGGAAAAAACCAGGGUGACCCUUGGACGGGGAGCCAAGAUGGAACAGGGACAAACCAGGGAAACCCUCGACCAGGGAGCCAAGGUGGGACUGGGACAAACCAAGGUAACCCUUGGACGGGGAGCCAAGGUGGAGGAGGCACAAACCAAGGUAACUCUUGGAUGGGGAGCCAAGGUGGAAGAGGCACAAACCAAGAUAACCCUCAAUCAGGAAACCAAGAUAACCCUUGGACAGGGAGCCAAGGUGGAGGAGGCACAAACCAAGGUAACCCUUGGACGGGGAGCCAAGGUGGAAGAGGCACAAACCAAGAUAACCCUCAAUCAGGAAACCAAGGUAACCCUUGGACAGAGAGCCAAGGUGGAAGAGGCACAAAUCAAGGCAACCCUUCGCCAGGGAGCCAAGGGGGAAGAAAUCAAGGCAAUGCCAGGGGUGACAAUCCAAAACGUCCAGAGUCGAGUGGUGGUAAUGCUAAUGGUCGGAACUGGUGGAACGCGGGACAGGGAGCUGACGAUGGAACUGGAGGUGGUAUGGGUAACUGGUGGGGUUGGGGUAAUCCUGGUGCAUCUGAUCCAUCGAGUAAUCAGGGUGGUGAUGCAGAUAUAUGGGGUGACUAUGGUGGAUUGCUUGACAAACUCAAAAACGCUAACUGGUGGGAAUCUGGUGGAGAUACUAACAUAGAUUGGGAGUCGGAUAUAUAUGAGGAAGACGACAAAUCUAAAGAGAAAGACGAUGACCUCCUAGGGGAUAACUGGCAUGAUACAUCGCUGGAUAACUUUUGGGAAACAGCUGAUGACAAUUGGUGGGAAACUCCCGAUGACAAUUGGUGGGAAACCGAAGGUGACAAUUGGUGGGAUUAA